GUGACCGCGAGAUGUCGCAGCUUCAGUCGACCGAGAUGAGUUACAGAGCGCUGCUCGCUGUAGCGCUGUGCGGAGCGGCGUGGGCCGCCAGCGUCCCACACGCCUCCAACAGCCAGUCCUACGAUACGAUAGUCAUCGGGCUGGGGUCAGCCGGCGCCACUGCGGCGUCGACCCUGGCGCGCGCCGGCCGCAGGGUGCUGGCGCUGGAGGCGCAGGACCGAGUGGGCGGCAGGGUGCACACCGUGCCGUUCGGGGACGGCGUCGUGGAACUCGGCGCUGAAUGGAUCCACGGCACCAGCCCCAACAGAGUGUACGACGCGGCCGUCCAGAACAACGUGACGCUGCUGCCGCAGGACUUCGAGCUGGCGUUCUACAGAUCGGACGGCAGGGAGCCCAACACUGCGUUGAUAAAUGAACUAUUCAACUAUUUAACGCAGUAUUUCCACGCAGUAGCGCCCACACCACAACCUAUGGGGCAGUACGUGACACAGAGGCUACACGAGUACUUGAGAGAAAAGCACCCGUCAGUCCUCUCGGACCAGGACUUCAUUGACGAGUUCCUGCGUUUUGUAAACCUGUUUAUAUCCGGAUACGAAGCGACCACCAGCUGGAACGACCUCACCUCCAACUGCAGGUUCAGGAAUGUGGAAGGUCAUCCGUACGUGAGCUGGAACAGGCAUGGAUAUAGGACAUUCUUUGAGAUUUUGUUGAACAAGUACAACAACGGGCCAGGGCUGCCGACACUGGACAUAAAGUUGAGCACGGAGGUGACGAGGGUGGCGUGGUCGCGGGCGGCGGACGGCAACGUGACGGUGACCACCGCCGACGGCGCCACCUACACGGCCGACAACGUCAUAGUCACCGUGUCGAUUGGAGUGCUGCAGGCAACACAUGAAACUUUAUUCUCGCCAGAGCUAGAUCAAGACAGAAGGGCGAUUAUAAACAAUAUAUCUAUGGGGUUGCUACAUAAAAUAAUUUUACGUUUCCCGCACGUGUGGUGGCCAGAGAGGCAACAUUUCAUUUUCAUAUGGAGUAAAGAGGACGCAAGCAAUUUAGCCGAAGACGAACAAUGGUUGGAUGAUGUGGAGGGCAUAACAAGUCCUAUGGGCACUUCUAAUGCCAUUACGCUAUGGCUUAGUGGAGAUACCGCGAGACUGGUGGAGUCACUACCCGACGACGUGGUCCAACAGAAAUCUUUACAGCUACUGCGAAGAUUUUUGGGCCGUAACACGACUGUGCCAGAACCUACUGGUAUCGUAAGAUCAAGCUGGCACUCGAACCCGUUCACUCGAGGUAGCUACACAUACGACAACGUACUAGCCCCGCAGUAUCCCACAGCGAGGGAAGACCUGGGUGCACCCCUCACCGACUCCUCCGGUAGACCGAGGGUCCUCUUCGCUGGGGAGGCGACGAAUCCAACUCACUUCUCGACGGUCCACGGCGCUAGCGAGACCGGCUAUAGGGAAGCGACGAGGCUAUUACAAGCACACUAAGUAAAUACCACAAUAAGAAAUAAAAAAAAAAAAUGAAAAA